UUUUCAGAGAUUCUCGAGAAGAUUGAACGAAAGCACUUCUAUCAAUGGCGACCAAAGUUCAUAUCGUGUAUGUAGAGCAAAUCAUUUUCUUUUUACGAAAUGCUCAACAAAUGUUGGAUCAUCAAGUAAUCGAUCGGUCAACUUUGAUUGACUCAAUAUGAUUGAUCCGUGAUCUGGACAUGUAGUGUCUCGUCGUAUAGUAUGAUUUUUAUAUUGAGAAUCGAAGAUUUUAGCUGUGGGUUUUAAUGGCUGAUCUUUGCAAUUCGCGACCGCAAUUGAAUAGUGUUUCAUUGUUUGCUGAUUUUAAAUUGUAAGCUGCGGUUUAGUAAUCCCUGUAGAAUAUCGAUGAUACUCUCGCCCGCCAUACUCUUGUGAUUGGUGUGGAUUUGAAAUUCUGCUAUUUAUGAUGAGAGCAUUCGCAUUUUGUGAUGAUUUGAUGCGGAGAUGCAUUCAGUGGUCGUUGACAAGUGUGGUGGAGUGUAACAGGUACUACUCGAUGUACGGACAUGUGGAGAAAUUAGCUCAAGAGAUUAGGAAAGGUGCUGCUUCUGUUGAUGGUGUCGAUGCCAAACUCUGGCAGGUACCAGAGACGCUCCCAGAAGAUGUGCUCUCUAAAAUGAGUGCACCGCCAAAGAGUGAUGCUCCUCUUAUCACCCCCAACGAUCUCGCCGAGGUUGAUGGCUUUGUCUUUGGCUUCCCAACAAGGUUUGGUAUGAUGGCUGCUCAGUUCAAGGCCUUCUUAGAUUCAACAGGUGGACUCUGGAGGACUCAGCAACUCGCCGGUAAGCCAGCUGGAAUCUUCUACAGCACCGGGUCUCAAGGUGGCGGUCAAGAAACCACCGCAUUAACUGCCAUUACGCAGCUGGUUCAUCACGGUAUGAUAUUUGUCCCGAUCGGAUACACGUUUGGUGCUGGUAUGUUUGAGAUGGAGAAGGUGAAAGGUGGAAGCCCGUACGGUGCAGGAACAUUCGCAGGAGACGGGUCGAGACAGCCAACGGAAUUGGAGUUGGAGCAAGCAUUCCACCAGGGGAAGUACAUUGCCGCCAUUAGUAAGAAGCUCAAGGGACCUGCUGCUGCUUAGAUUCUCUCUGAAAACAUGAAUUCUAUUAUAUUCUUGAUUCUUUGAUUCUACAAUUUGGUAUUUUGUGAUUUUCUCGUUUUGGAAUGAUCUAACAUUGAAAUGAGUUACUUCAGCUCACAGCAAUAAAAAAACUAUUGCUUUGACUUGUGUGUGUGUGUGCGCGCGCGCCUACUCUCUCUAUGUAUGAUCAAUGGAUCUUCUGUUUUCAGUUUUCACAGAGUAUACACAUGGAAUGUUUCAAAUUUUAUCAAAUUAUAUGAUAGAAGCCAAUUGUGAAAGAUAAUUGAUUUUGAAUUAUGAUACGAGAAAGAUUACAUAAACGA